UUGACGCUCAACCCUGCCUUGACAGAAAUCUUGAGGCCAUGCCAUGUGUGCGGUAAGGUCAACAUUGAGAAUCAGGUGUGCACUUCGGGCCAUAGCUUCUGUCCCGACUGUAUAGCUCCUUCGCUUCGAAAAUCCACGAGGUGGUGUCUCCUCUGCAAAACAAUGACCAACUUUCUCCGCGUCGGCAUACCGUUCGAUCUACUCGCGAAAAUGCCGUUUUCUUGUGCCUGCAACUAUUCUGGAUGUCUCGAGCAAAUAAAACAACAUUUGGAGCGAACUGCGAUUCCGGAGGUGUGCUUCAACAAGAGAAGCAGUGCGACCCAGCCACCGCGGCAAGUGACCCAGACAGCGCGGCAAGCGACCCCAGCGUCUCAUGCCCGGUCCGCACCUUCGAACGGAAGCCCAGCUGUCUUGCUGACCCAGAUAGCACAAAGCAUCGCAGAGUUGAAAACGGUGAACGAGACUCUACGGAGUCUCCUCGACGAAUCGCAGGCCGUCAUUCAGGCCGUAUCGACCAAUCAGGUGUUUUUUUGCUUCAGUCUCUCGAAACUACUCAAGAGAGAACCCGUGGAACAGAGUAAGGUCGUAGAAGGCGUGCCUCUGACAGUGCAGAUCAACGUCGAAGGUCUGGAGGACCGACCGUAUUUUUGUGUGUCGGUCGGAGGAUCGGCGCUCGAUUCGGAGACUUCUCCAUGGCCGCAUAAAGACUGCAUAUCGGUGCGCGUUCACGAUAUGAACGGGAGAAUUGUGCUGGGGUGGAAGAUCCCGUCAUUCGCGGGUGGAAUGCGCGGGUCCCCUCCCGAAACGAGCGGUCCCCGCACAUCUAAAUACUUGUGUGAAUUCUCGCAUCUCGUUUCGGAGGAGGAUAUACUGAGACACUAUCCACGCACCAGAGCAAAAUAUAUCUUGAUCUCGCUUGUGAUUUGUGAACGCUUAUCUUACAAUUAGCCGAGGAUCUCCUGUGUCGAAACGAAAUACUCAGAGCUCCUCAUACUAACACAGAAACAUCGGUUCCGUAGUAAAAUCUCUCUUCGGAAAAGAACAAUUCAAUGCUGAGCGCUGCGGUCGAACUAAGGACCUUGACUGUUUUUUAGAGCAAACUUGUGAGUUGAUGUAAUGUGAGGCCGUUCUACUUCAUCAAGAAUUUCAUACCCAUCUACAGUAAAUAAAAUGAUUCCGCCUCCGACAGAAGGCA